GUUUAACACAAAAAUGUCUCUUCUGGAAUCAGAAGAAAGUACUCCUCUGCUCAAAGGAGAUGCUGACAGCACACAGGAUGCUGAGAGGAGCCGGUGGAGGUCGAUCAGGGUCAUGUACUUCACCAUGUUCCUCAGCAGCGUGGGUGAGAUCGAGAACUUACUGUAUUCCUGUUCUUAUGAACUGCUGUGUAACUGUAACAGAAACAGCUCUAUACACAGAGAUAUUCCACUGCACGGGGUAAUGUAAUGCUCUUAUCUGUAUCUGCUUAGUUUUAAUUAAGUAAAAAAUGUCAGCAGUGUCAGCGUGGUAUGUGAAUUCUGCUCACGUCAUCAUUAUUAUCUGUAUUUUUUUUUCCGAAUAGGAAAGGAAUAAUGGGCAAAAAGUCCUAAAGGAAGAUCACAAAGAUUAUAAGUUAGCAGGCUAUAAGAAGGAGGCUGGGAUAUCGGCGAAGUAUUGACUGAUGCCCGGGCGCCAAAACUUUUCCACACGCCAAAUUUCAGAAACGUGUUCUUCCCGUUAUUGAGAGAUCGCGAUGCGUAGCCGGGAGUCCAAGAGAGCAGAUAUUUGUGUGGGUGGGAGGGGCAUACACUUGUGCCCAAAAGUUUGCACACCCCUUGCAGAAUCUGCUAAAUUUUAAUACUGUUAACAAAACAAGACGGAUGAUAAAAAUCCCAUGUUGUUGUUUAUUUAGUCCUGUCAUGGAUGAGCUAUUUCACAUAACAGAUGUUUACAUAUCACCGAUCAUCCUGUUCAAAAGUUUACACCCCCCUGUCUCUUAAUUUAUCGUGUUGCCUCCUUGGGCAUCAGUGAACGUUUGCAUCUUAUGUAAUAGUCGUGUACGAGUCCCUCAGUCGUCCUCGGUGUGAAAAGACUGACCUGAACAUCAUAUAGUCGCUGUUGGAAAGAUUUCAAAUAUACGAAAGAUGCCGGAAAAGUAAAGAAUGUGCAAGAUCUGGAGGAUUUUCCUGAAGAACAGUGGGCGGUUUAACUGCUCAGGACAAACAAGGGACUCGUGAAGAACUCUCACAGAACAUAAACACGUCAUGUCGUGGAUCAUCCAGGUUUUACAAUCGUCAUCACAUCCAUAUGGCCUUAUCUACAAAAGAUCGACGGCAGCGCAGACGCUAGUUUUCUGGGUUGGGUGGUGGCUGCGUUUAGCCUGGGACAGAUGGUGGCGUCGCCCCUGUUCGGACUUUGGUCCAAUCACAGGCCUCGAAAGGAGCCGCUGGUGUGUUCCAUCGUCUUGAACGUUGCAGCGAACAUGUACUACUCCUACGUGUACCUGCCUCCGUCUCACAACAAAUACCACAUGCUCCUGGCUCGAGCGUUCGUCGGAUUUGGAGCAGGUAACGUAGCUGUCGUGAGGUCUUACGUAGCAGGAGCCACCUCGCUGAAGGAGAGAACCGGCGCUAUGGCUAACAUGAGCGCCUGCCAGGCUCUGGGCUUCAUCCUCGGCCCAGCUCUUCAGGCUGGUCUCUCGUUUAUCGGUGAGAACGGCUUCAGCGUGGACGUCGUUCACCUGAAGUUUAACAUGUACACGGCUCCGGCGCUGCUCGCCGCCUGCUUCGGUGUCAUCAACAUCCUGCUAGUUGUCAUCGUCCUGAGAGAGCAUCGUGUAGAUGACCACGGCAACCAGAUCAGAGCGAUUAACUACGUCUCAGAAGAGCAGCUAGCCGUGCCUCCCGAAGUGGAAGGAGAUAUCGACCAGGUCGCAGUGCUUACAUCCAACGUCCUUUUCUUCGUCAUCCUCUUCAUUUUCGCUGUGUUUGAAACUAUAUCCACUCCUUUAUCGAUGGACAUGUUUGCGUGGACGAGGAAAGAAGCCGUCCUGUACAACGGGGUCAUUUUGGCGGCCAUUGGCUUCGAGUCCGUUAUAGUGUUCCUCGUGGUGAAGGUGAUCUCUGUGCGGUUUGGUGAUCGUCCAGUGCUCUUGGGUGGCCUAGUCAUCAUAUUUAUCGGCUUCUUUAUCCUGCUACCCUGGGGAAACCAUUAUCCAAAAAUUCAAUGGGCAGAUCUUCAGAACACCUCCAUGCCAGCUUUGGUGCGUUCCCCAGUCUCUAACAGUAGUGUGGAACCGACCGGAUGCCCUUCAGAUCAGAUCUGGUGCCAGUUCACCCCCGCCAUCCACCUGGCACAAUACCUCACAUCCGAUAUCCUCAUAGGAGUGGGCUACCCCGCCUGCAACGUCAUGUCCUACACACUGUACUCGAAGAUCCUGGGACCCAAACCACAGGGUUUGUACAUGGGCUGGCUGACAGCCUCAGGCAGCGGUGCUCGCACCCUGGGCCCCGUGUUUGUCUCUCAGGUCUACACCAACUUGGGUCCUCGCUGGGCCUUCAGUCUGAUCUGCGUUAUCGUCCUGGCGGCCAUCGUGCUCCUCACAGCUAUGUACAGACGACUAAUAGCCUUCUCUGUGCGCUACAGAAUGAUACACGAGGGCUGACGUCAGAGGACUAACCGUAUUCUACCUUCAAGGACUAAAGACUCCAGGUGGUGGGGGAUGGGUGGAAGAUUCCCCGAAACUCGUUUUAAAGUCCAUAAACCUUUUUAAACUAUGUUGAAUAAUAAAUGUGUCGAGUCCACAGGAAAUAGAAAAUCAGAACAUAGGACUAGCGACGGUAUUUUAAAAUGUAUUAAAUAAAUAGUGUGAUUUUCAGCACAAGCCCAGACGAAACCGGAGACACUGUCUGACACUUUACAACUAAUUUUUAUUAUUAACUUUACAAAAUGUAUUAAUGUAUACACGUGGAUGCUGGUUAUAGUGAAGAACUGGAUGCUCAGGGUUUGGUACCCGAGAUGAAUUUCUACAUAUUUAACUUAUUAUUGUCCAGAGUUUUAUUUUAAUCCUGUUCUGACGUGUAUU